UCAUUAUAACGCCUGAGUGGGUUCUCAGUGGUAAAAACACGCCUUGUCCCCGCCUCCGAUUCACAGCAUCCCCUUCACGUCCUCUCUUUCUGAUCACCCGUCUCAAAGUACACGCUGGAGCACUCGGACAAUACGAUGGAGUAGCAUGACUUUGUCCUGUCGUUCCUUUCUCUUUGGUGGAUCUGCACUUCCUUUGGAAUAUACUUUAAUCACACGAUUGAGGAUCUCCGACUGAGACACCAUGGCUUCUGACAACACACAGCGCAGUUACUCCAUCAUCCCAUGUUUCAUCUUCGUAGAGCUGGUGAUAAUGGCAGGGACCGUCCUGCUGGCCUACUACUUUGAGCUGACCGACACGUUCGGCAUCCACGUCCAGGGGUUCUUCUGCAACGAUGCUGACCUGAUGAAGCCGUACCCCGGGGUGGACGAGAGCAGCUUCAUCCCUCCCCUCAUCCUCUACUGCGUUGUCGCCGCCACUCCCACCAUCAUCAUCUUCAUCGGGGAGGUAUCCAUGUACAUGAUGAAGUCCACACGGGCGGUGCUACUAUCCCAGGAGAAGACCAUCUUGACGGGGGAGUGCUGCUAUCUGAACCCCCUUAUCAGGAGAAUCGUCAGGUUUAUUGGUGUGUUUGCAUUCGGCCUUUUUGCAACAGACAUCUUUGUGAACGCUGGCCAGGUAGUGACGGGUAACCUGGCGCCGUACUUCCUGUCUGUGUGUAAGCCCAACUACACCGGCACCGAGUGUCGCUUCAACCACCAGUUCAUCUCCAACGGUAACAUCUGUACCGGCAGCCCGGUCGUCGUGGAGAAGGCUCGGCGCUCCUUCCCUUCCAAAGAUGCCUCGCUCAGCGUCUACUCAGCUGUCUAUGUAACGAUGUACAUCACUAGCACCAUAAAGACUAAGAGUAGUCGCCUGGCCAAACCGGUGCUGUGCCUGGGUACCCUGUGUACAGCAUUCCUCACUGGGCUCAACCGGGUCUCGGAAUACCGGAACCACUGUUCUGAUGUCAUCGCUGGGUUCGUCCUGGGCAGCUCUAUCGCUCUCUUCCUGGGUAUCUGUGUGGUGAACAACUUUAAAGGAGCCCACUCGACUCCCACCAAGCAGAAGACUGAAGAUUACCGUGGUCUUCCUCUAAUGACCUUCCCCCGCGUCCAGAGCCCCCUGGAGACACUCAGCGCACAGAACCAUUCGGCAUCGAUGACUGAGGUCACAUGACUAGCGGGGACCACGGUGGGACAACACCGGGUCACCUUUGCGUCUCCUCAACACAACUUCUAGGCACAAUUAUGUUUUGUACUGUGUCAUACUACUACUGUAACAAA